CUUGGAAGAAGGAGGCUGUGCGAGGGGGAGAAGGGGGCGGGGGGGCGCGAAAGGGAGGUGUGGUAGGGUAGUAGGUAAAGGGGGAGAAAGGGGGAGAAAGGGGCGCAAGGAGGGGGUGAAGUGGGGGUGGGGAAGGGAGGAGGGAGGAAGCGUGCGAGAAGCCCAAUCGUCAUGGCGUGGGCUGGACGUGGAGUUAUGGUGGGUGGCAGUGCUUCUGCUUUCCCCCGCCAGGCUACUUCACGCUGCGCCCUUCGAUUUCGUAUCAAGUUGGAUGGAUCCGAGCCGACUGUCGUAUCUUACAAGAAAUUGCUUAAUGAAGUCGAAGCUGAGCCUGCCAUGGUGAAGAGCAGUGCCCCUCCUGGUGCUAAUCCUGCCUUAGAAGCCCGCCUUGCUCCGGUGGGCGCCAUGGCCGCAGAGGUCCCUUCCACUAAAGUAGAGGAGAAAGUCGUUGGCGACCCUUUGAAAGAGCCGUUGCCAGCCCCCCCAAACCGGUUCAGUAACGUGAUUGAGAAAAUCGAGGCACUCUACAAGGGAGGUGGUAGUGAUGACGAUGAUGAUGGAGAAGGGCAGCAGAACCGUCCCUAUGGGGGCGAGGACACGGAUCAAUAUGACACCCAAGACUCCUUCAUUGAUGAUGCGGAUUUGGAUGCAUACUUUCAGACAGAUAAAGCAAGGCUUAAGCACAAGGGCUUCUUUGUCAACAAGGGAAAGCUGGAAAAAUUGAAUGAUUCGUCCUCACUUCCUGGAGCACCCUUGCAAAAGAUGAUGGACCGAAAGCGGCCUGCGAGUAAAGGGAAGGAAGAAAAGAGGGUACCGAAGGUAAUUGCAAAGGAAAGAGUGGUGAAGAAAAAGGCGAAGAAUAUGAUCCAUGGUAAAAAGGAAGGAUGCAUGGGCUCAGGUGAUUUUGAAGAGGAGGAAGGGUUUGCUGCGAGGAAGAAGCGGCUGAAGGACGAGGCACGGUUCGGAGAGGCAGAUCAUAAGACCUUCAGGCCGAAGGUGAUGGGAGGACCAGGAAGGAAGCCCUUAGGCCGUGGGGACGAGCUACAUCUGAAGGGGGAUGUAGGUUUCCAGAAUCGGAGGGAGGAAAUGAAUUUGGAGGUCUAUCGCAGAGAUGGCAUUGCCAGUGGGACUCCUAACCGCACAAAGGAUGCCAGAGUAGGUAUGGUGGGAGAAAGGGAGGUUAUUAGGGUCCGUACGGACAAUGAUUGCGGCGUAGCCACAAGUGGAGGAGUUCUCACGCAGCAAAGGGGAUGGAGGGAGGGGGGAGGAGAGGGUAUGGUGGCCCCUGAGGAUUUGCAGAUUCCAGGGCGCAUCGGAGGAGUAGACAGUUUGACGGCAAGGGUCAAAGGGAGUGGAGGGGCUUUUGGGGGGCUCUUCCCUGUCAGAGCCGAUGGAAGCGCCACAGGCAGAUCAGGGCCUGAUGAACUCAGAGCCUCGGCAGCAUCUGGCGGAGGUUAUGACGUGACCGGUCGACGGACGCCGACUGGAAAUGCUGGAGAUUCUGACAAAACGGAACGGAGAGGAGGAGGUUCUUUGAAGUUUGGGAGUAUGACGGACCCAAGGGGUGAAGACGGGAGGGGUGGGGGUGCAAGUGAAUCGGCUUAUAACUACAAUAGAGUGCUUAAGGGUAAGAAUGUGGAGGAAAUGGACGACGAAGAGACAGAAUCGGAUGAUGACAGAGACUUCUCUGAUCAGAAGGGGAUGAAGUCGAAAGGCAGCAUGAUGAGCAGCAGACUCAUAGAGGUGGGAGGGGGUGGAGUAGGGAAGGUAGGUAAGGCGAUGGCAGGAGAGAGUUUGAAUGAUGGCGGACGCGAUGGCAUCAGUCACAAGAAGCCAAGGAUGGAUGGAGGGGGAGGUGGUGGCCUCCCACACAAAGCCACAGGUGCUCCCAGGAACAGUCCCAACAAUAACGUGGGCAACAGCAAAGGCACCGAGAAAGGCUCUUCUGGCGAUGACCUGGUUUUGUCGCCUGUUAGGAGAGGUGGGGCUCCGCGAGGAACUAUGCUGGAAAGGGCGAUUCGUGACCUCGAGAAGGGUGUUGCGGAGAUGUGUCCGCCAGACGCUGACCAAGCACAGGAGCAAGGUACCCUACCGACCUCGACUCAGCAGCAACAGCAGCAACAUGCAGUCAAGAAACGACUUCCGCCUGGUGUAAAGGAGAAGCUCGCGAAGGUUGCUCGACUUGCAGCGAAGCAGGGAAAGAUUUCAUCUGAGGUGAUUGACAAAUUAAUGGCAAUCCUUGGCCAUCGCCUCCAGCUCCCAUCACUGAAGAGAAAUCUCAAGGAAAUGGUUGCUUUAGGGCUCAGUAGACAGCAAGCUAAAGAGGGGCAGCUUCAGAUGAGUAAGGAGGAUCUGAAGCAAACUGUGGCGUUGCGCGUCGCACAACUGCAGGUGCAAGGCGAGCCUCUUCCAUCGUUACAGGAUGCAUUCGAGCCGGAGGGCGUUGAUCCAACUGCUGGUGGGGAGAAUGGGCCACGAAGAGUGUUCAAGUGGGACAGAGACACAGAAGAAAAGUUAUGGCAGUUUGUGGAUCUGUAUCUCAGAGAUAUGGACGAGCACAAGGGAUCAAGGCUGAGGAAACUGUACAAAGAGUUGAGUGCAAUGUGGCCAACUGGGUGGAUGGACAACAAGGGUAUAAAGGAGGCCAUUCAGCGGGUAAACCUUCGUCAUCAGCAGGAGAGACUUCUAUCAGGUGCUGGGAAGAGUCAUAAGAAAGGCAGCGACGACUCCAAGUCUGGGCAGGCAAAACGGCGGAAGGCUUUCCAGGGAGGAGGAGGAGGUGGUGGAGGAUCGGGAGGAGCAGUAGUAGUACUAGGAGGAGGAGGAAGCAGUGAAUGGAUGGAAGCUGAGGGAGACGUGGGUACUAGCAGAGAGACGGUGGGAUUCAGGGAGACCACACCUGGUGGAGAUACGUUCACCAGAUCGUUUCAUCUUGAAGAAGCAGAAGGUGCAAGUGGGAGUGGGAGUGGAGGUGGCGCAUGGCAGCGAGAGGUGAGGAGUGACGUUCCCGGAGGCGCCGGAAUUCUGGCAUCAGGAUGUGCAGCACCAAGUAGAGGGACUUGCGAUGUCGGGCCCAGUUUUGUUGAAUCUGACAAACCUGCAAUAAAGAAGAAGAAGAUCUCUUUGCUGCCCGUGCGAAAAAAGAGGAAAGUAGUUGUGGUCGAGACUCCGAAUGCAGGUGUUGGCAUAGACAAAGUUCCGCACGGCGGUGCGAGUGGUGGAUUCACCACCGGGAACAGCCCCCCUGCUGCCGGAGUGCAAACUUCAUCCGUGGCGGAUGUUUCACGCGCAAUGGGAAGUAACCCUGGAAGCAGGCCUUCAAGUGCAACUCGAGUAUCGCAAUCUCAGGCAUUCGUCCAUAAUGCAGCAGGUAUGGUGGGUCUUGGUAGAGAAGCUGCUCCAGCCUGGAAUGUGACUGCGAGUUUCCCGGUGCAGCCUGGUACACCACCUCAGAGUCAAAGCACCGGACUGCACGAGGAUGGCCGGGAUGUGACAGGUGUUUCGAGUGCUGGCCCCGGAAAUAACAUCAAACGUUCGUCCUCAUCUCCAUCCAAGCAACUCUCUCCCACUCCUAUUCCAGCAUCGGCUUGACUUCUCAGGUAGGCUUGCUGCAGCUGGGAUGCUUUGCUUAAUGCUCAUCCCAUCGAUGCGCAUGUAAUCGCAUGUAUCAUCUGUAAAGGGGGCACGGUGGCAUGGCUGUUUUUUCAUCUUCUCCUCCUGAUGCCAGGGACCACAUCAUUUCCUGGUUUCGUUGUCUGUACAGUGGCACUGCACAAUUUUCCCUGGGGGCGGGAUGCCGUUUUCUUCCCCAUCCCACUGUGCCGACAGCAGCUUGGCGUGCACUUGGAAGAGUCGGUGUGUAGGUCAAGAAUGAAGAUGAAGAUGAACAGACCGAUGCUUCAGCUCGGUUGCCAUAAAGGUUCAUAUGUCUCCGAGAGAGGCGUAGUGGCCAUGGAUUCGUGUGAGAGAUGGGUGGAAAGCGUUAAUCCCUUGUUCCGAGGGUGUGCAGUUGGAAGUGGGCAGUUUGCCUGAUCGGCUUGUCCGCCGACUGACGUUAGGAGAUGGUGGUCUUAGUUCAUUCGUUUGUGUAGAUGUUUCUCGCCAAAUCUGUGUCUCUGUCAUCCCUUGGAGAAAAAAAAUGUACACAAGUGGUGGCAGACGUGCAGGCGGUUUAUUUGUUCAAAUAAACAGCCCAUUAUGAUGCGGAUGUCCACAAAUUGAGCCCUUGAAUCCGCGAAGAGGAGAGCCAUUUGUCGAAAAUCGCAAAUAUUCUUCGGGAUAGUAGGUAGGUAGGACGAACUGGACGAUUAUAUUGAGGAGGAAGAAAUUACUUCUCAUGGCUUACUCUGUGAAAGGCGCCCUGUGAUUCCUCUUAUUGAUGGUUUUUUUUUUUUUUUUUUUUUUUUUUUUUUUUUUUCCUCCGUUCUUCGUUAUCUUUUUUGUUGCCUGGAAAUUUGCAUUCAUAUGGUUCGUCAAAGCUGGACCCGCAAUCGUUUGGAACCAUGAAAAAUUGCUCCCCCUGCAGGGAAUUCUAGCCUACCCCGCAUUGGUACAGCUAGCAGCUGAACUUACGUGGUGGGUGUUGUGCAGAUUGCCCUGCCUGGUACGGGCAAAUUACCUGGUCCCGGUCUGGGACUCUGGGAAUGGGGCCCAGUUGUGCAGACCUCGUCAUCGGGUUCUGCAAGGUUUUAGGGGGUCGACUGCUAGUCAGCAAAUUAUGUCCAGGAAUUCAAAUUCAAUUGGGGGUGUACGUUAUUGCCGUGAUCGGAUGGACUUGUUGUACUUUGGUUCUUUGUGGGCCACGGAUAUUCUGCAUUACAUGGAAGGAAGGAAGGAAGGAAGGAAGGAAAUACUGAGGGUAGGCAGAAGGAAUAAGGGACAUGAGUCCACUACUACAUGCAUGCAUGCGCACCCUGUUUCCAGAAAAACCACCCACUCCCCCAGACCCCUCGUCUUUUUCACAGCUUUGGUCCCUUUGGAGCAUGGGUGGCUUCUGGUUAAGCGCGGUGCCCUUCCAAUUUUGGUUGUAACGGACAUGAACUGGCCGAGGGCUGAUCUCAGCGGUUCAUGAGGUAUAUAGCCUGCGCUGCAAGUGGCUGUCUUCAUUUUAUUCAAUUUCUUAAGCUUUAAUAAAAUGCCGAAAUGGUU